AUGUGCGUAGACUACUCUGACCUUAACAAAGUGUGCCCUAAAGAUUGCUUCCCCCUCCCUAAUAUCGAUGCACUCGUCGACGCCGCGGCGGGCUACCGUUAUCUAAGCUUCAUGGACGCCUACUCCGGUUACAACCAGAUACCGAUGCACGGACCGGACGAAGACAAGACGGCGUUUAUAACGCCAGGGGGGACUUUUUGCUACAAGGUGAUGUCAUUCGGCCUAAAAAACGCAGGGGCAACGUACCAAAGGUUGAUGAACAGGAUAUUCCACGACCUCAUAGGCAAAACGGUUGAAGUCUAUGUUGACGACAUCCUCGCAAAGACAACACGACCCAAUGACCUGGUCGAUGAUCUGGCAAAAGUAUUCGCGGCUCUCCGACAACACGGCAUGAGGCUGAAUCCCCUCAAAUGCGCUUUCGCCAUGGAAGCUGGAAAGUUCCUGGGGUUCAUGAUAACUCAGAGAGGGGUAGAGGCCAACCCGGAGAAAUGCCAGGCGAUACUCCAGAUGAAGAGCCCCGGUUGUAUCAAGGACGUCCAAAGGUUGGCAGGGCGACUGACCUCGCUAUCCCGGUUCCUCGGAGCAUCGGCAACCAAGGCUCUGCCGUUCUUUAACCUCAUGAAGAAAGGGAUGGUGUUCGAGUGGACACCCGCAUGCGAGGAAGCCUUUCAGCACUUCAAGGAAAUCUUGGCGGCACCACCUGUGCUCGGGAAACCAAAAGACGGGGAGCCCUUAUACCUGUACCUCGCCAUAACAGGAGAAGCCUUGGCCGCAGUUCUGGUGCGAGAAGAAGGGAGGGCUCAACAACCAGUUUAUUUCGUAAGCAGAGCCCUGCAAGGGGCAGAAUUAAGGUACAGCAAACUGGAAAAGCUGGCUCUAGCGCUCCUGACCUCCUCAAGGAGGUUGAAGCAGUAUUUCCAGGGUCACCAGGUUGUCGUAAGAACGGACCAGGGAAUCAGACAAGUACUUCAAAAACCCGACUUGGCGGGGAGAAUGAUGACCUGGUCCAUUGAGCUUUCCCAAUACGACAUACGGUACGAGCCUCGGCAAGGCAUCAAGGCGCAAGCCAUGGCGGAUUUUCUAGUAGAAGUAACGGGGGACCCAACCGAAGAAGCGAGCACACAGUGGAAGCUCCAUGUGGACGGAGCCUCCAACCAGACGUCGGGAGGCGCGGGGAUCAUCCUGGAAAGUCCGGUUGGAGUCGUAUACGAGCAGUCGAUCAGGUUCGAAUUCCCCAUUUCGAACAACCAAGCAGAAUACGAAGCCCUAAUAGGGGGUUUAACCCUAGCAGCGGAAGUCGGAGCAACAAGGCUGGAAAUAUGCAGCGAUUCCCAGGUCGUCACCUCCCAAGUAAACGGGAGCUACCAAGCUAAAGACUCGUUAUUGCAAAAGUACUUGGAAAAAGUCAAAAACUUAAGCCAAAAAUUUGAAGAGGUCACGAUCCACCACGUACCUAGAGAAAGGAACACACGGGCAGACCUCCUAUCAAAGUUGGCCAGCACUAAACCGGGAGAAGGCAAUCGGUCUCUCAUCCAAGGUAUGACGAGAGAGCCAGCGGUCACACUGCACAUGACAAGCCUAGGCCCUUCAUGGCUAGACCCCAUCACCAACUUCCUAGAACACGGCAAACUCCCUGACGACGAAAAGGACGCGGCAAAAUUGAGAAGGGAAGCAGCCAAAUACGCCGUCAUCCAAGGACAACUGUUCAGGAAAGGGCUCAACCAGCCCCUACUGAAGUGCCUACACCCCGACCAGACAAACUACGUCCUCAGGGAAGUCCAUGAAGGCUGCUGUGGGCACCACAUCGGAGGCAAGGCAUUAGCGAGAAAAUUAAUCCGAGCUGGAUACUAUUGGCCGUCAAUGAUGGCGGACUCCAAGGAGUUUGUCAAAAAAUGUGUAAAGUGCCAACAGAAUGCCAACUUCGCCAGGGCGCCGGCCUCCGAGCUAAGCUUGCUAACGACCUCCCGGCCAUUUUCUCAAUGGGGAGUCGACCUCUUAGGGCCCUUCCCAGUCGGCCCUGGACAAGUCAAGAAAUUUAUGUGGAGGCAAGUGAUAACACGAUUCGGGAUACCAGAAGUCGUCAUCUCAGACAACGGCACACAAUUUACUGACAAAAAGUUCACGGAAUUCCUGAGCGGCCAGGGCGUAAGACAAAGGUUCUCUUCGGUAGAACACCCCCAGACGAACGGACAGGUGGAAUCCGCCAACAAGAUUAUCCUUUCAGGGCUGAAGAAGAGGUUGGAUAAUAAAAAGGGUGCUUGGGCCGACGAACUAGCAUCGGUUCUCUGGUCCUACCGAACAACUGAGCAAUCCUCCACUAAGGAAACUCCCUUCCGGCUAACGUAUGGGGUGGACGCAGUAAUACCUGUAGAGAUUGGUGAACCAAGCCCGCGGUUACUUUUGAAAGGAGUAGAGAAAACCGUGGAAAAGGACCUGAUAGAUGAAGCCAGGGAAAUGGCCCAUUUGACAGAAACAGCGCUAAAACAAAGGAUGGCUUUGCGCUACAACACCAAAGUGCUCAAAAGGGAAUUCGAGCCGAACGAUCUCGUCCUGAGGCGGAACGAUAUCGGCCCACCGACCCCAGGAGCAGGCAAGCUAGCGGCAAACUGGGAAGGCCCCUACAGAGUCAAAAAAGUGAUGGGAAAAGGUGCCUUUAAGUUGGAAAGGCUUGAUGGCAAGGAAGUCCCGAGGACAUGGAACGCGGACAACCUUAGAAGAUUCUACUCCUAG